AUGCAAUCACCAAAUAAUGCAUCGUUUUUUACAACACUUUUUAAAAAUAAAUAUAUAUUUGGUGUUAUUGCCUCAGUGAUUGUCUUAACAUUUGGUUUAUUUAAAGCAAUUAAACCUUCACCACCAGAUAAUGAUAAAAAUGAUAAAAAUAAUAAUAAUAAAAAUAAAAAUAAAGAUGAUGAAAAUAUAAAUAAAACAAAACAACAUCAAGAUGAUAUUUUAGAUGAAUUAAAAGAAGAAAUAAAUAAAUUAAAACCUACAAAUAUUGAUUCAGAAAAUAAUAAUAAUAAUAAUAAUAAUAAUAAUAAUAAUAAUAAUAAUAAUAAUAAUAAUAAUAAUAAUAAUAAUAAUAAUAAUAAUAAUAAUAUAAAAAAUAAAACUAAUAUUAAAAGUAGUAGCAAUAAUAUUAAUAAUAAAAAUAUUAACCAACACAAUAAUAAUAAUAAUAAUACCCAAAAAAAGAAAGAUAUUGAACUUAUUUCAUUACCACAUCAAAUUUUAUAUCAAAUCUUUGAAUCAAUAUCACCUCAAGAUUUUACAAAUUGUUCAAAAUUAAAUAAAAAAUGGAAUUCAGUUUUAAUAAAAUUAGAUAAAUGUUGGAUUCAAUAUUCUAUUGAUAGAUGGAAUUUACAUCAAAUUUAUCCAUUUGAGGAAACUAGAAAUAAAAAUAAAGAAUAUUUUAAAAAGAAAUAUUUAGAAGAGAAAAAAAGAUUAGGGUUUAAACCAGAACAAUAUAUAGUAUCAAUUAUGAGUGAAUGUAGUGAAUUUACAGAACCAGGCAGAUGGAAAUCAGAGAAAAUUAUAAAUCCAAACGGAAGUUGGUGGAGAAAAAGAUUUAUUGAAGAAAUGUCAAAAGGUUUGACAAUGACAACAUUUAUUUUAAAUAAUAAUAGCAAUAAUAGCAAUAAUAAUAAUAAUAAUAGUAAUAAAAAUGAUGAUGAUCAAGAAGAUGAAGAUGAAGAAGAUGAUGAAGAAGUAGGAUUAGAUAGUCGUUGUCCAACUGGUAAUAUCGUUUUAAAUGGUAAAGUGAAUACACCAAUUGGUGCAUUUAGAUUUAUAGAUAAAGAAGAUGCACUUUUAAAAUUUAAUGGUAAUCAAUGGUUAGAAAAACAUUCUUCAGAUUCACCAUAUGCUGGUGAUGUCGUUGGUUAUUUCAAUUUUUCAUUAUUCCCAUUAGAUUGUGAUGAUGAAUUAUUUCAACCUUAUAGUUCACAAAUCGUUGAAUUUUUAAGAGUUUUAACAUUUGGUUCAAGAGGUACUGUUACUCGUUUAAAAAAUCAACAUAGUGUUCAAUCAAUCGUUUUUGAAAGAUGUACAUUAUCUUCAAUCUUUGGAAAAUAUGGUUUCAAUGAUGGUGAUGCUUUAUUGGAUACUGAUAUCACUUCAAAUUAUAUAGUAUCUCUAAUUGAAGAGAUUCAAAACUUUUUAGAUAAAAGUGGUGUUGGUGUUAAUGCCGUUGAUGGUGGUGCUAAAGUGGUUUACACUGAUAAAACUUCUCAUAAUCCAAUUAGAUACACUGGUCAUCUUUCAAAAGAAUCUUUACAACUUCAAAUUAAUAUUUGGAUUUAUAAUUCUGUCAUUUUACAAAGUAAAAGAUUAUGGAAUAGAAGAUUAGAAGAUUAA